AUGGCUGUGACAGGAGUCUUCAUCCUUCCCAUCGCGCCAGGCCAGUCUUCCCCAUCUUCAGCUCUGUUAUCGCACAUCUCGCGCUCCUUUCCCGCCGAACCUCUUCCGUCUUUCCACCUCGACCACCGCCUCUUCGUCGACACCUCUUCGUUGCUCCCCAACACCGACGUGUCUCUGCGUCGGUCACUCAGUAUAUUGACCUUAUCACGCACGCCGACCAAGACGUAUGUCGCCACGAGCAUCCCGAAAGACAAAUCUCCGCCCCCGCCAACGGACCAGCCGGCGCUGGCGGCCCCCGCAUUUACGGUUGUCACCGUCCCUUCGAGCUCUGCGGACUCGUUCACCCAACUCAUCGGGACGAAACUCCAGCCGCAAUGGGCGCACCGGCAGUCCAUGAUCAUCGAUAACGGCACGGCGCUGUCCCUGGAGAACGGCGAGUGGACCAUCCGCAUCGGGGAUCUGAAGACGCCCUCCCGACCAAACCAGGUCGGUCCCAACCUCAGAGGCAUGGUGGUUGAGGUUUCUUACCUUGGGUCCCAGGGUGACGCCACAAGCAGUCGAGGUCCGGAUGAUGCUCCGAAAGACGUCAGCCAGAAAGGUGUGGGCAAAGAAGACGAGGCCCUGCUGCGGGGGUUGCUCGACUCGGUCACCGAUGGCAGCGGCGUGCCCUCGAUCCUCAGCAGCGAAACUACCCGGUCUCUGUUUCGACGCACGAGGAUUCAUGUCAAGGAUAAAGACAGCAGUGACGCCUCGCCGGACUGGGACCUGGCAACCUUGUAUUUGGACAUUCUUCGAGGAUCGAGAAGCUGA